UAUUUCUUGGUUAAUAAUUAUUUUAUAUAAAUCUAGCAUUAGCAAAUAAUAUUUAUAGAAAAUGAUUAAAAAUGAAAUUGAAUUGGAUCUCACAGAAAGCACAGAAAGUGAACAAAGCCACGUACUACAAAGAACUUCUAGCAUCGAUGAUCUUGUCCAUUCCGUACAAUUAUAUAGCAAUAGAAAAUUAAUAUUUCAUGGUUAUGUAUUUCCAUUCGUUAUUUUAUAUUUAUCUUGGGUCUAUGUAUGGAUCUUUUUAUACGGAUUUUGGGAACAUUAUGAGGGUGGAAUGGUCGGUAUUGCCGCCAUAGGUUGUUUACAAAUUUUAUCAUGCCUUUUUUGUCAUUGGUCAGUACAUGUUCAUUGUGUUUUUGCCUGUAAUCGUGAAAAGGAUCCUCAAAAAGCAGAAGUUGUUAAAGUUAUACCUACUUCUAACAAUGGAUCUACGGAAUUGGUGCGGCUCUACAGUACCAAGGAUCAAAAAGGAGGUUCAUCAAUAUGGUUCAUAUUUCAAAAAACCAAAUAUUUUUGGUGUGACGAGAAAAAGACCUUCCGAGGCUUGGAAUUUCCAGUUGAGAAAUCAUUUGGCUCAUACAUGGAGUGGAAAGGGUAUCAAGAAGAUAUCGAUAUCGCUUUUGCUGAGCAACAAUAUGGUAAAAAUUUCCUUGACAUGGUUAUACCAGAAUUUCGAGAUUUAUUUAAAGAACGGGCCACCGCACCAUUUUUUGUAUUUCAAGUAUUUUGUGUAGCACUUUGGUGCUUAGAUAAAUACUGGUAUUAUUCAAUUUUUACGCUGGUUAUGUUAAUUUUAUUCGAAUGCACAUUAGUUCAACAACAGUUACGCAAUAUGGCUGAAAUUCGAAAAAUGGGUAAUAAACCGUAUAAUAUCAAUGUGUAUCGAAAUCGUCGUUGGCGAUUUAUAUCAACGGAUCAAUUGAUACCGGGUGAUUUGGUAUCAAUUGUUCGAUCGCAAACCGAUAAUCUUGUACCAUGUGAUUUACUUUUAUUACGUGGAAGUUGUAUUAUUGACGAAAGUAUGCUCACAGGUGAAUCAGUUCCACAAAUGAAAGAACCGGUCGAACAACAUGAUCCUAAUAAGAUACUCGAACCAGAAAUGGAUGGGAAAUUGCAUAUGCUAUUUGGGGGUACUAGGGUUGUUCAACAUUCGCCUCCCAAUAAACUAGCGACAGGUAUUCGUGCACCGGAUAAUGGUUGUUUAGCGUAUGUAUUACGUACUGGAUUUAAUACAUCCCAAGGAAAAUUGUUGCGUACAAUUUUAUUUGGUGUUAAACGAGUCACUGCAAAUAAUUUAGAAACAUUUGGUUUUAUAUUAUUUUUAUUAAUAUUCGCAAUUGCGGCAGCUGUAUACGUUUGGGUCAAAGGUUGUGAAGACCCAAAUCGCAAUCGUUAUAAAUUAUUUUUAGAAUGUACAUUAAUAUUAACGUCGGUUAUACCGCCAGAAUUACCGAUUGAAUUAUCUUUGGCUGUAAAUACAUCACUAUUAGCGUUAUCAAAAUUAUCUGUAUUUUGUACGGAACCAUUUCGAAUACCAUUCGCUGGAAAAGUGGAAAUUUGCUGCUUUGAUAAAACUGGCACAUUGACCAGUGAUAAUCUCGUUGUGGAAGGUAUUGCUGGUUUACCAAAUCAACCAAAAUCAGUAAUGCCGAUGAGUUCAGCACCACAAGAAAGUAUUCAAGUAUUAGCAACAUGCCAUUCGUUAGUACAAUUGGAUGAUGGAUUAGUGGGUGAUCCCUUAGAGAAAUCGACGUUAUUAGCAGCAGAUUGGACUUUGACAAAAUCUGAGGCUGUUAUCCCGAAAAAGGGUAAAUCACCUGGUUUAAAAAUAUUUCAAAGGUUUCAUUUUUCUUCGGCUCUAAAACGUAUGAGUGUGGUUGCGGGAUAUAAUGUUCAAGGAACAAGUGAUACAGAGUAUAUUGUUACUGUUAAAGGAGCUCCUGAGGUACUUAAAGACAUGUAUGUAAAUGUUCCUAAAAAUUACGACGAUAUUUAUUUGGAAUAUGCUCGACGUGGUGCACGUGUAUUAGCAUUAGGUUACCGUGUUAUCGGACAAUUAUCAUCACAGGAAAUACGAAAUUUAUCACGUGAAAAAUUAGAAACUGAUUUGAAAUUUGCUGGAUUUGUUAUAAUAUCUUGUCCCUUGAAAUUAGAUUCAAAAGCAGUGAUUAAUGAAAUUUCAAAUGCAUCACAUAGUAUUGUUAUGAUCACGGGUGAUAAUCCAUUAACAGCUUGUUAUGUUGCUAAAACGCUUAAAAUGACAAAUAAAGAACAUACAUUAAUCUUAAGGAAAGAUAAAGAUGAAUGGAUUUGGGAAAGUAUAGAUCAAAGUAAAACAUUUCAGCUAAAUACAAAAAAAAACGAUGUAAAAGAACUUAUCAAAAAUUACGAUUUAUGUAUUACUGGUGAUGCUUUAAAUUUCUUACGUUACAACGAGCAAUCAUUUUUACGUAGGAUUUUGCCACAUGUUAAAGUGUUUGCACGAUUUGCACCUAAACAAAAAGAGUACGUGGUAGUUACACUUAAAGCGUUAGGUUAUUGUACAUUGAUGUGUGGAGAUGGUACAAAUGAUGUAGGUGCUUUAAAACAUGCUGACGUUGGUGUUGCAAUCUUAUCAAAUGUAAUGGAACGAUUACCAGAAGUGAAAGAGAAAAAAGCAAAACCAAAUGAAAAAACAUUAGAGAAACGUGCAACCAGAGAGAGUGCUGUUGAAACGUUACGACACCGUGGUGGUAAUAAUGUUAGGGAACGUGCAAUGAAUCCACAAAUGAAUAUACAAAAGUUAAUGAAAGAAUUGGAGGACCAAGAUCAGGCACAGAUUGUUAAAUUGGGUGACGCUAGUAUUGCAGCACCUUUUACUAGUAAACUUUCAUCAAUACAAUGCAUUUGUCAUAUAAUUAAACAAGGACGUUGUACAUUAGUGACCACAUUACAAAUGUUUAAAAUUUUAGCAUUAAAUGCUUUGAUAUUGGCCUACAGUCAAUCUGUAUUAUAUUUAGAUGGAAUCAAAUUUAGUGAUACGCAAGCUACUUUACAAGGGCUUUUGUUAGCAGCUUGCUUUUUAUUCAUUUCACGAUCGAAGCCGCUGGAAACACUAUCAAAGCAGAGGCCAUUACCCAACAUAUUUAAUUUCUAUACAAUUAUUACAGUAUUAUCACAGUUUGCGGUGCAUUUUUGUUGUUUAAUAUUUUUAGUACAAGAAGCAUAUAGUCGAAUGCCAGCUAAUAAAAACUCAACGGUAGUGGAUAUGGUUUCCCAGGUAUUAGAUAAAACAGACGAUGAAAAUGAAGAGUUUGAAUCAAACAUUUUAAACAGCACUGUUUAUAUCAUUUCAAUGGCAUUACAAAUUUCAACAUUUGCCGUUAAUUAUCGAGGUGAACCAUUUAUGGAAAGUUUACGAAAAAACAAGGCGCUUUUGUACAGCAUAGUUGGUGCUUCAGGUGCUGUUUUGUUAUUAGCUUUAGGAGUAUUACCAGAGGUAGCAGAUCAAUUUGAAAUAGUACAUAUACCAGCAGAUUUUCGUGCAACAUUGGUUGGAGUGUUAUUUGCUGAUUUCUUCUUUUCGUAUUUAAUAGAUCGAAUAUGUUUGUUUUUAUUAGGAGAAGGUCGAUUGCGGAUACAUUAAUGUAUUUAAAAAUUCAAAAAUAAUAUAUUAAAAUAUAAUUUAUAUUAUGAACGUAAAGUCAUUCGUCAUUCACAAAACAUAGGCACACGAUUAUCAAACAAUUGUGCCUUAAUGUGAAUACAUUUGAGUGUAUGGGAAAAACUAUUAUUUCAGGGCAUAAUAAAUAUAAAAAAAACUUAUUGUUUUAAUGUAAGUUUGUUUAUUGAAAAUACAAUGAACAAAUGUUUGUUGUGAAAUAAACGAGACAUAAUAAUGAAUUUUGUAAAAAAUUUUUUUAUUUUGUUUCAAAAUGUAUGGUAUUAAACGAAACUUGUCUAUCUUCUUACAGACUUCAGUUAUACAUUAUACUCGAACAUACGCCGAUUGAGCAUUAGACUGAAAAUAUUUUUUAAAUGUGUAUUUACUGCUAAAUGAACAUGUAUUUUUUCCGAUUGAUAACAAUGAAAUUAGUUCGCAAAAUUACUUAGCUAGAAAUUUAACUUUUGAAAAAAAUAGAAUCAAAAUUAGAUAAUUAUCUCCUUAUUUAUAAUUACUACACUUACUUGUAUAAGUAUGAUAACACCAAGUCAGUGUUCACUAGUUUGAAAAAAAUACUUGCGAAUCGCUUGAGUUAGCACCUUAGGCAAGAAUAAAUGUUACCAAAAAUCAUACUAAGUUUGGUUUAUAUUUCAUGAUUUAUUGAUAGUAUUUGGCCUAAAGACACUGUAAUCGGGUUUGUAUCAGAAUAUGACGAAUUAAAACUGUGAGAAAUAAAUCAUAUUUAGUCAAAUACUCUAUUUGGAAUUUAAUUUCCCUUAGAUAUUGUACUCCGAAUUGUGUUUUUUAAAUACGACCGUUUAAAUAAAAUUUUAAAAACACUCAUAUAUUAAAAAUUUUAUCGCAUUUGUUCCAUCAUUUUCAUCCUAUUUUGAACAUUUGCAUUAGUACGGGUUUUUUCCACAAACGUUUUCAACAUAACAAGCUUUGACCAAUUUUAAUACAAAAAUACAUGCAUUUAUUAACGCUUUAUGGGGGACAACUAAUUUUUUUUUUUUAAUUUGGCGAAAAUUUGUUAUUUUUCAAAGUUUUGUACAAAUUUUAUAAUUUUAUUAAAUGAUUGUUUUAAUUCAUAUGUGUUGAGGGACCAUAAAACAUUUACGAAAUUUUUUAAGUUUCUAUAAUCAAGCUUUAUAUCUUCACAAAUACCUUAUGCUCCGAUUAUUACGUGUAACAAAAGUCUGUAGAAAAAUAUACACGUAUUAUAUACCAGAUCACUGAAUGUAAUUUAAAUAUAAUUUUUGUUAAAAUAGUAUUUUUUCUUCUACAUAAUAUCCAUCGAGUUUUGCUGUAAUGUAAAAAUUUUUUACUUAUUUGCAAUAUCAGAAUAUUUAUUUUCUAUCAAAAACUUUUUGCCACAUAUUGGAAAAACAUUUUUUAAUUAACUGUUUUGUGUGUGUUUCAUUGAUUAAUCUUACGACUAAAAUUCAAAAAAUGACAAUAUACAUAGUCUUUUGAAAAUGUUAUCGAGCACACACACCAUUUACAAGAUUUUUUGUAGGUAAAACAGUUGGUGGACUAUAAAUAAUUCAGCCGGGCAGUAAUUUUUACAGAAAUGAAAAUGUAUUUUAAUGGGCACCGGGACUAUACACGAAGAAUCUGACUUAUUGUUGCAAAAAUAUGGACGAGGUCUAUAAAAUGACGUACAAUUUGUGGCAGUGAGUUUUUAACACUGACACAAGCAAUACUUCUACAAAAGAAGUGUAUAUUUAUCGAUGUUAUCUAGACGUGAUACUGGUUGGCCACGACAAUUUUGCAGCCACUACACGUCGUAAUAAAUCGACAAACUACAGAACCCUUAGUAAAAAAAGACAUUUUAAAGAAAUACAUGUUAUGUAAUUGUGUUUACGAUAAGAAAUCAUUACAAGAAAACUCAUAGUUUCCGAAUUAGUUAUAUUUUUAAAAUAAACAAAUGGGACAUAACAGUUUGUUUAUUGCAGCAAAAUAUUGAAGAAAAAUUAUUACAGUAAAUUUUGUACUAGAAUUUUUAAUGUUUUCCUUCUUAUUCUAUAGAUCUAAGUCUAUAAUCAAAGAAAUUAUUAGAACAGUCAUAUUAUAAAAAAGAAAUUAAGAAUUUAGUUCACAUCUUCAAUGAACAACGAGCAAAAACAUAAAAAAUAUUUUAUUGUUUGUUUUUAGGUUAAGGGGUCUACAUUUAAAUAUCAAUUGAAUUUCUUUGGUCGAAGACACAGAUCUUUAAAUUUUCGAGUAUUUGCUUCAUUAAAUAUAUGUCAUUAAAAUUGCAUAUUUCAAAUUGGACAAAGUAAACAGGUGACUAAAAAUGUCGCUUAUAAGCGCCUUAUAUCCGAUAAAAGGCAUAAAACAGCAUUUUUCUUGGUUGGUUUGAAACAUGCAAAUUAAGCGAGAUUGUUUGUGAAAUAAAUGAAAAAUAUAGUAUUAAUUUUUUCAAUCAGUUUAUUUUAGUUCCUAAUUUUCGAAUAAAUAUGGUUGAAUAAAAACCGUAAAAUAAACGGAUUACUGAAUUAAACAAAUUAACAAAAAAUAUCACUAAUUGUGAUCAGUUACCAAAAUUUUGAAUGAAAUGUAAAACAAUCGUUAAAUAAUUGACAAUAUAUACGAUUACAAAAAUUGGAUCGCAUGUGAACUUUUUUUAUAAAUAUUAUUUAUAGACCACUUAAUAAAAUCAGUUAAGUAAAAAACAUGUUGCAUCCAAUUCUAUAUUUUUUUAUCAAAAACUUUUAUUUAGUCAAAAUAAUUGAAUAGAUUAACUAGACUGAUAAUUGAUGAAAAUGAAUUUAAUUGAUGUAGUCUUACAGCCCACUUUUUUAUUAAUUUAAUAAAUUCUCAAAAAUACAACUUUUUUGGUAGGUAAUAUCUUGAAAGAUUGAAGCAUUCGAAACUCAUCCGCAUUUCGGACAAAAGACCGUUAAUAUGCCCAUAGAUUUGGACGCAACUUUUUUUGUAGUUGAUUCUUAUUAUCUGGUGUAUUAAAAAAUAAUUUUAGGUUUUAUCAAAAACUACAUAAAAUGUUAUAUAAAUAAAAUAUUUUAUGUAUCUGCAAUAUAAAUGUU